CGACCGGAAGUAACUUAGUAUUCUGGGCAGCUACGUAAUGCUAGUUCAUUGCUGUUGUCUGUGUCUUCCUCUCCAACCAAAGACUGCUAAACACAAGAAGCUGAAUUAACCCGUCCUGUAAUAGGUCUUAUUCCAUUUUCUAAUAAUUGUUCAUUAGUAAUGUAGAAUGGCGUCGGUUUUUGGGAAGAUUGUCGUCGGUACCUAUGUGGAGAUAAAGCGCAGUGAUGGACGUAUCCACCAAGCAAUGGUGACUUCACUGAGCGAGGAGAAUGAGAGUGUCACUGUGGAGUGGAUAGAAAAUGGAGAUACAAAAGGGAAAGAGAUUGACUUGGAGAGUAUAUUUGCACUUAAUCCAGAUGUGGCUCCAGAGGAAGAGAUUGCCCCUAGUCCAGAGACUCCACCCCCACCCACACCUACAUCUGUGAAGGUCAACAAAAUUGCAAAGAACCGUCGGACGAUAGCACCUUCUAAGAAUGAAACUCCGUCCAGGGACAAUAGAGUAAUUCCAACCCGGGCCAGACCCCCACAGCCUCCGCAGCCAGAGCCAGCACCGCCGCCUCCAUCCCAGCAGUCUACACAGCCCACUCAAGCCCAAACACAACAGCAGCUUCAAAAUGAAUCCUCACAGCACCAGAUAUCCAGAAAGGAUCUUGGACAGCUUUCAAGGAGGAAGUCAAACUGCGUGAAGGAAGUGGAAAAACUGCAGGAGAAGAGAGAGAGGCGUCGACUGCAGCAACAGGAGCUAAGAGAGAAAAGAGCUCAGGAGGUUGAUACCACCGUCCCUAAUUAUGAGAUCAUGUACAUGAUCAGAGAUUUCCGAGCCAGUCUUGACUACCGGCCCCUGACCACAGCUGACCUUAUUGAAGAACACAGAAUAUGUGUUUGUGUGAGAAAACGUCCUCUCAACAAAAAAGAGUUGACAAUGAAGGAUUUAGAUGUGAUCACUAUUCCCAGUAAAGACGUGGUGAUGGUCCAUGAACCGAAACAAAAAGUGGACCUGACCCGCUACCUGGAGAACCAAACCUUCCGCUUUGAUUACGCUUUUGAUGACAGCAGCACUAAUGAGAUGGUUUACAGGUUCACGGCCAGACCUCUAGUGGAGACCAUUUUUGAGAGGGGCAUGGCCACCUGCUUUGCGUAUGGACAGACCGGCAGCGGAAAAACACACACUAUGGGUGGAGAUUUCUCUGGGAAAAACCAGGACUGUUCUAAAGGAAUUUAUGCAUUAGCUGCUCGGGAUGUAUUUCUCAUGUUGAAGAAACCCAACUACAAGAAGUUAGAUCUACAAGUGUAUUCAACCUUUUUUGAAAUCUACAGUGGAAAGGUGUUCGACCUACUGAAUCGCAAAGCUAAGCUGAGGGUGCUGGAGGAUGGGAAACAGCAAGUGCAAGUUGUUGGUCUUCAGGAGAAGGAGGUCAAGUGUACAGAGGAUGUCCUAAAACUCAUAGAAGUGGGCAACAGCUGCAGAACAUCUGGGCAGACCUCAGCCAAUGCUCAUUCAUCUCGCAGCCACGCCGUCUUCCAGAUCAUUCUUCGAAAAAAGGGCAAGAUGCACGGGAAGUUCUCCCUCAUCGACCUUGCAGGGAAUGAAAGGGGGGCUGAUACAUCGAGUGCUGACCGCCAGACACGUUUAGAGGGAGCUGAGAUCAACAAGAGUCUGCUGGCCCUAAAGGAGUGUAUCAGGGCACUUGGCCGCAACAAGCCCCACACUCCAUUCAGAGCCAGCAAACUCACCCAGGUCCUGAGAGACUCCUUCAUUGGAGAGAAUUCACGCACAUGCAUGAUUGCAACUAUUUCUCCUGGUAUGACCUCCUGUGAGAACACACUCAACACACUACGCUACGCUAACAGAGUCAAAGAGUUUGGGAUUAGUCCGUCAGACAUCCCCUUCUCCCAGGGCGGUCAGGGAAGUCGCUCUGACCAGUCGCCAACCAAUACCUUUGAAUACGAUGACUUUGCUGCUACCUCUCCCAGCAGGGUGAAGGAGCUGACUGUGGACCCCAACCAAGUGAUAGAGGGGGGUCGACCCAACAUUCAUGUUGUCAAUCAGCUGGAUCUUUUGGAUGAGGAGUGGCUAAGUAUGUCACCACAGAGAGACGACCUCAAACUGCUCUGUGAGCAGAAUGAGGAGGAAGUGUCUCCUCAGCUCUUUACCUUCCAUGAGGCAGUGUCACAGUUGGUGGAGAUGGAAGAGCAGGUCUUGGAAGAUCACAGAGCAGUUUUUCAGGAGUCUAUUCGGUGGCUGGAAGAUGAAAAAGUGCUGCUGGAGAUGACGGAGGAGGUGGAUUAUGACGUGGAGUCGUAUGCCACCCAACUGGAGCAGAUCCUAGACCAGAAGAUAGAAAUCCUCACUGAGCUCCGAGAUAAAGUGAAGUCAUUCCGCUCUGCGCUCCAAGAGGAGGAGCAGGCCAGUAAGCAGAUUAAUCCCAAGAGGCCACGUGCUCUUUAAAGACUGAAGAGGUUUAAGUGGCAAAUGAAGACACAUAACCACUGGAUGAUUGGCACAAGUCAGUCUGUCACUAGCAGCUGUGAAAACAAAAGACUGAUGUAACAAUAGGCUCAAGUUGCAUAUUGCAUUUGUCUGAUCCCUCUCCUAACAAAACUGGCUGUUCACUCACUCUAGUAUUAGAAAACUUAGGAAGGAGUUCCUUCCUUUUUUAGUAGAUUUUUUUUUUCAUGCAGAAUAUUUAGUUUCUUCUUCUGUACUUAAAUUAUUUUCUUUUAUACUUCUUUGUACUUUGUUUGAACAGAGUAUUUGGUUUAAGACAAGAUCUUAAUUGACUGUUUUCUAGUUUACCACACAAAACCAGUAUUUGAUUUCUGUGCUGGUUGACAUAACUGCAUGUGCACUCUGUGAUACUGUAUGUCUGCCACUGUCAGGUCCUAUCAUCCUGUACAUGUCAUCCAGUUUGGAAGAAGCCUUUAACUAUAGCUACGUCUGUUCCUAGGAGGGUUUCACACAUAGUUUGCACCAUGACAUUCUAUGUGGCAGCUGACUUAAAAGUUCUUAAUGUAAAACAUUUUUUCCAUAUCUGUUUAACACUUUGUUAUAAAAUUGAAAUUGGAAAAAAAAUGCUAUUAUUAAAUGUAUAGCAAAGACCACUGACCGACUAUUGGUUAUGAUCCGUGUUUACACCAGAUGUAAUGCUGGAUGGACUAAUAAAGACUUAUGUGUUUCAUUUA